AAAGAAAUCUAAAUAAUGAAUGCAAGUGAAAAAUCAAUAGAUCCGGCCGAAACACCAUCAUCAGCAACAGCAACAGUCCGACUAGUAACCGGCAACACAAGCAGCGGUGAUUCAUUCGAACAACAAUAUCUGACUAUGGAAGGUACUCAACAACCAAAACAGAAUCUACUUUUAUAGACUUAUAACUAAAAACAAUCAAAAGCAAAACACUUGAGAGAGAAAAGAAAAGACAAACAAAAAGAAAAAGAAAAGAAAAUCACGGAACAAUUUAGUCCCGGUCGUAUAGGUCGCCGAUGAGUGAGAGACAAACUCAAAUAUAAAUUGACAAAAAAGACAAAAAAAAAAUAUUUUUAAAAACGAAAGAGAAACGAAUUCCUAUUCAAACUAUUCGAAGCAACGAUGUCGGACUUAUAAAAAAAAUCGUUUUGCUUUAAAUGUAUAGAACUCACAAUAUAUUUGUUUUGAUGACUUUUCGAACGCUAGAGAUUUAAGAAAGAAAAUUUACAAAGUGGUUGAGAAAAGUGAACAAAAUUUUAUUUGCUUGCGAUGUUUGAGGAAUUACAAUCCGUACGUGAAUCUGAAUCCAGACUAAAACAGCAAUAUGCCGAAUCACAACGUCGCGAACGAAUAUUGGUUCGACGACUCGCAGUCAAAGAACAAGAGAUCCAAGACUAUGCCAUCCAAAUCACCGAACUCAAGGCUGCCCAGGCACCCGGUCCUACAGCUUUGCGCAAUACCCUACUUGAUCCGGCCGUCAAUAUUCUGUUCCAAAAACUCAAAGAUGAACUGCAAGCGACACGGGCUCGCUUGGAGGAAACACAAAAUGAGUUGUCCGCUUGGAAAUUUACGCCCGAUUCGAAUACGGGGAAACGAUUGAUGGCGAAAUGUCGUCUAUUAUACCAAGAAAACGAAGAAUUGGGCAAAAUGACAUCGAAUGGUCGUUUGGCGAAAUUGGAAGGUGAUUUAGCCUUGCAGAAAAGUUUCAGUGAAGAGGUGAAAAAAUCGCAGUCGGAGCUGGACGAUUUUCUUCAGGAGCUGGACGAAGAUGUCGAAGGAAUGCAAAGUACAAUCCUAUUUCUACAACAAGAGCUGAAAGCAUCAAAAGACACUAUUGCCACAUUGGAACAGGAGAACAUUGCUCUAAAAAAUGACGGUGCUGUGCUACCGCCUAAAAACAAUGGUUUCAACGCGGAGCCGACCGACUCAAGCAACGGUGUUUCAGGAAUCGACACAGACACUCAGCCAUCAACGACGGCAGCAAAACCACCAGCAAACCAAUCAUCAACGUCAACCAGUCCGCCAGCAGUGAUAAGUAACUGUUCGGUUGUGCUACGAACGACCGAACUGCGAACAAGUGAGAUUAAGUUAACUAGUGAUCGAACCUUGCGGAAGGAAAAAUUUAAUGUUUCAAGUAAAGAACCAAGAACGCUACGUAGCACCAGCCGUAAUAUGGUUGUUGAUGAGUUUCGAACUAAAAAAUUGAAAUUAACAAAUGGCAGCUCGGACGAUUUGAAUAAUGGUGGUGGUGCGACGACGGGUAUGGUUGUUGUUGGUGACAGUGGUGAUAGCGAACAAAGGGAUGAUAAUUUAGAAAAUAAUAAUUUCCGUAAACGGUCGUACGAGAGUGAUUCAAGUGAAUGCAGCAAUAAAGAACGGACAAACAGUAAGACAAAUGUAGCGAAUAAAAAGUCGAGACGGUCAUCGGUAUUGUCGUUAGAUCUAAAUGAUGAAGAUAGUCGUAUUGAAAUUGACGAAGAUAGAACAAUAUUUGGCAAUAUUGGGACAAAGUUAAAUCAUGUUGAUCAGCCUGUUUAAAUUAUUUUUAGAUUUUUUUUUUAAAAGAAAUUCUUUUUUUUGUUUUUAAUUUACGUGGCAAAUUCUGUAGAAAUUCGGAGAUUUUUUUUUUUUAAUUUUAAGUGAGUGAAAUUCUGAAUUUUCUGUUUAAAAUCAUUUAUACCUCGUUCACAAUCACCUUUUGCGCCGAUCAUAAUCACGUGAAAAGAACAACAGAAACUAAAAUCGAGGACAAUUUUGUUUAUCGCGUCAUUUUAAUGUUUGUUUUAGGAGAUUACACGAAAAAAAAAUUAAUUUAUUCAAGCGGAGAUGAAGAGAAGAAUUUUCACAUUGGGCAUUCUGAUUCAAUUAUACACAAAAAAUCAGUUUGAUUGUACAAAA